AUGUCACUUCCUUCCUGAAUCUGUCAAGUUACCUAGAAGUAGCUUCUGGUUCAGCGCUGUUCAAUUUUAGUGAAAAAAUUGAUUACCUCGACCAGAAAACUUAAAAAAAUGGCAUCUGUAGAGAAAGUCAACCCUGAAAAACCAGGACAAGAAACCGCGUCAGUCCAUCACAUUCGUAUCACGCUUACCUCUCGCAACGUUCGUUCGUUGGAAAAGGUGUGUUCGGACCUGAUAGAUGCCGCCAAGAAGCAGAAGCUCAAAGUGAAGGGGCCCGUGCGUAUGCCCACCAAGAUUCUGCGUAUCACCACUCGUAAGACACCUUGUGGUGAGGGUUCCAAAACUUGGGAUCGCUUCCAGAUGAGGAUCCACAAAAGGGUCAUUGAUCUGCAUUCUCCUUCCGAAAUCGUCAAGCAAAUCACCUCGAUUAACAUCGAGCCUGGCGUAGAAGUAGAAGUUACUAUCGCAGACGCUUAAACAUCGUUUUUUACAAAUAUUUAAUUUUGUAUAAUUAAUAAAAUGUUUUAAAACAGUUCAGAC